AUGUUAUCCGGCGCGCCGGCUCGCGCCUGCCCGGCCGCUAUACCUCAUGGUGGGGUCCUAGUACCUCUAAGUGCUUACAUAGCUGCAUCUACCUCGCAGCCAUGCAGCGCCCUGCGAGCUGGCCGCAAGCGCCCGGUCUCCGAGCUUACCUUGCAAUUUUCCGGCUCACGCACCUCUCAGCAGCCGGAGCACAUGAACACACCUACGAGGCAACUCAGCAUUGUUUGGGCACAUGAACGCCAGCCAGGUCCUCAGGAGGACGGUAUAUCCCCGGGGGUUAGCGACCAGGACCAGCACCAGGACCAGCACCCGGGCGGCAAUGGCACGGACCCCGACAACAGCGCGAGUCCACCAGACCCGGCGGACCAGCCGGGACAGCUGGGGAGGCUCCCGCUACGGACACCGCCGCCGGGUGCUGAUUCCGGAGCCGGAGCUGUCCCCGGGGCCCCGCAGCAGCUGCCACCCUUAAGACUGGACUUCCUGGAUUGGGCCAGGAUACAGCAGAGGGGACCUGGCGGCAGCGGCGGCGGCGGCGCCGGCGGCACGGGACGAGCGCGUCGGCAGCGCAGCGGCAGCGGUAUGUCCUCCUCGUCGGGUUCUGCCGGGGGGGGGAUCGGCGGCAGCAAGUCCCGCAGCGACCGUAUAUUGCAGUUGGUGCUGGCCGCCAAGACGUUGCUCCAGGUUCGUUCCGUCGUCAGUCGGCACCUGCACGACAUGUCCCCGAGUACGGCGGCGGUGGCGCUAAGUCGGCUGGCGACUCUUUCUGUGGCAACCAUGAGGUUGCGGAGGGCCCAACUGGGUCUUGGGGUACAGGGGAGGGGAGAGCCGCAAGGGAAGGGGAGAAAGGGUGAAGAAGCGGAGCAGCAGCCGGAGGUGGUGGUGGGCAAUAGCAACAGCAGCAUCGUUGAGGGGAAGGCGGGUGUGUCCACGGUGACGGCAGAGACAGCGGCGGCGACGAAACCGCCGCCGCCACCGUCGCCGUCCGGGCGGACUACACCAGCGGCCGGCGGUGCCGCCGCCGCCGCCGCUACCAAGUCAGCGGACGCUGACGGCGGUGCUGACGUCACCGACCCUUCCUCCCGAGUACAGCAGGGCUCCCUCAGGCUGAUGCGCCUGCUACUGCGGCACAUUGCCACAUCCGUGGACAGCACCGCCGCCGGCGGCGGGGGCGGCGGUGGCCGUAGCCGCGGCAGCGGCAGCGGCAGCGGCGCCGGGUCGACGAGCCCCCGCUGGCGGAGCCCCACCUCGUCUUCGUCAUCCGCCGCCGGUGCCUCCGGCACCCCGGGAUACCGCGCCCAAAGAGGCGGCGGCGGGGGCGGAGCUGCCGCCGGUUCGUCCGCGUCCUCGUGGCGAUGGCAGCCGGCCCCCCCGGGCCAUAGGGCUCGUUUGGCCGGCAGUGUGAUGGCGACACUUGCGCGUGUGGGACUGAAGCCGGGUCCGAGUGACUUGUGGGCCUUAUACCGGCUGGUGGAGGCGGCGAGGGGGGGCCACCUGAGAACCGCCUCACCCGGUCAGCUGUGCCAGAUACUCUGGGCCAUGCACCGACUGGAAUUUACACCCGACCCAGACUGGCGGAUGGACUGUACGGCAGCCGUACAGGCUGCUCUGACCGCUAGUAGUAAUGGUGGUGAUGGUGGUGCAACGGCUACUGCCGCUUCAACACCUGUAGCAACGGGGACCGCGGGAUGUCCGGGGGAAGGGGGGGAACAAGCAGCAGUAGCAGGGGGGAGGGGGGGAGACACGUCGGCGUCGGCAGCCGCGAUUGGCGGCGGUAGUAGUGGCGGCGCCGCGUCGUCGUUGAGUCGGAAGGGUACGACCCGGGGGCGGUACGACAGAAUGGCCGAGCAGGAUAGCGAGGAUGACGAGCUGUACGAUAGCUCGUCCAGCAUAGAUGAGUUGGAUCCAGAUUUGGAAGCGGUAAUGGACGAGACGCUUGCUGGCGGCGGCCAUGGCCGCAGCGGCGGCGCGGGGGUAGCGCUGCGACGGUAUGGCAGCGGUUACGCUGACGUGGCGUCGCUGUUGCUGUGGUCCGUACGGAUGGGAAUGGCGCCGGGAGCUACGGGAAUGCAGGCCUGUUUGGAGCGCCUCCAUCCCGGCCUGCGGUCUCUUCGGCGAGUGCACCUACUGCGGCUGCUGCUGGCGUUAUCGGAGUCCGGUCACCGGGCGAGCGAGGGCUUCAUGAACCGACUGCUGGCGUGCCUCCAGCCCAAGCUUCCCCUCCUGGGUGCCACGCAGCUGACUCAGACACUGAUGGCCCUCAGUCGGUUGGGCUUCGUACCGCCGCAAUCCUGGCUGGUAGCAUUUCUCAAGGCGUCCAGGACUCAGCUACGGCACUACACCCCCUCCCAUGUCACGGCAACAUGUCAGGUGUUUGCCGGCUGGCAGCUCCGCCCCUCCCGGACUUACCUGCAGUCGCUGCUGGCCCUCAUGGAUGCCCUCAUGCCGUACUUUCCCGCGGAGGGGCUGGCAGCGGCUCUCCAGUCUCUGUCCGUACUAGCUGUGAAACCCCAGCACCGGUGGGUGGCUCGAGCGCUGGAGCACCUGGUGGCGGCAGCCGAGCGAAACACCUCCACCCCCCCCGUCACGGGGCUCGCGGUAUCAGAGGACCUGGCGGCUGUGCUGUACGGCGAUGGUGGUGAUAACAGCGGUCUCAGGUCAUCCCUAACGCACCAGCUUCCGGACGCCACCACCCCCACCACCUCCACCCCGGGGGCUGGCGGGCCCCCUGGAGCGGAGUCGAGCUCCUCGCUGACGGCACUGGGUACGGCUCCAGGGAGGCUCAGGAGUACAGCAGUGCAAGGGGGAUAUCUACCGGCAGCGGCAGCGCCGCUGACGGCGGUUAUGGCAGCAGCAGCGCAAGCGCCGCCGCCGCCGCCUGUCGGCGGCGGGGCGGCGGCGGCUACCGCCGCCGGGCAGCCGCAGCAGCAGGCGAUGCGGCAGCAGCAGCGGGCUGCGACGGCAGCGGCGCUGGUGACGGCCGUUUGCAGCUUGCGGGGCAUCGUACAAUUUGACUCGGGGGGUGGAAGGCCUUUGCGGACGGCGGCGGCGGCAGACAGCAGCAGUAGCAGCAGUACGGCAUCGUCGCCUCCAAUGGACGGCCACCUUGGGAACGGUAGCGAUGCACAUGCGGUGCCGGCGGCGGUGGCGACGGCGACGGUGGCGGCGGCUGAUGGUACGACAACGCUGCUGCCGUACGAGCUCUGGUCCUCCACCAAGCGGCUGACGGACCUGUGUGGCGAGCUGUUGGACGUCAUGACGGGGUCUGAUCUAGCACAGCUGCUGACGGCGCUGUCCCGCGUCAACUUCUACCCGGGCCGGGUUUUCCUGGCGGCACACGCCCGCGCUACAGCCCGAGUGGGCGCCCAGCUGGCUCCCGCGGACAAGGAGGCGCUAGCGACGUGCUACAACCGGCUGGCCGCACUGGCGCCCAGGAUGGCGGAGGAGGCGCGGCGCCAGGCGGAGGCGCGCCAGGCGCGGGCUGCUGUGGUGGUGGCUGACCCAUGGGCAGCUACCACCGCUACUCGCCGCCCGCUGCCGCCGCCGAGGGCGGGCCCACGUCGAUAG